AUGCAGCUUCUCAUCAACCAGCUACUGGCAGCUGCAGACCAUGGAGCACAUGGAGGAGGCGGUGAGCCUCUGGGUUCACAAGCAGUCAUGUUGUCCAUGCUGCUCAGGCUGUUUCGUAGGGACAAUACAAUACAACCAGAGACCAGACCUAGGCAGAAGGCAUUCUGUAAAGCAGGAAGAAGGAGAUGGCCGUGGGGAAGACAUAGGUCUGUUGGGAAAGAGUCCUACCAAGCCUACACCAUCAGUGAGCAGGAGCAGAGAAUGAAGAGGUUGGAGAAGCUCAAAAGGGACCUUGAAAGAAUGAAGAACGAGAGAGACGAACUCCGGGGAAUCCUGGCACAUGAUAUUAACAAGGAUUUGAACAAGAGGUUCAACUUUGAGACCACGAUGCUGGAGAUGCAACACGACCAGGUGAUGAGCGAGCUCAAAAACAUUCCGCAGCAGAUCAGUGAGGCCUUGUAUAUGUGCCAGGAGUUGACUAAAAAUAAUCAACUUUACAGCAUCAGGAACUGUCACCUCCUGACUGAGUCUCUUCAUAUGAAGAGUGAAGUAAAAAUGCUCUGGAAUGAAAACAGGCAGCUGCUUAAGGAACAGAUUACACUGGAAGUGUGUUCUAAGGAAACAAGGAGGCUAUGUGUGGAGGCCAGCAUGAAGAUCUAUGACAAAUUUUCCAAGCAUAUCCAA